CGGAGUAGGAGGGGGGGCGGGGGAGGCAGAGAGGGAAAGAGGGAGGGAAGCAGGGAGGAAGGAACAGAAAGUUUAUGUACAUAAACCCUUUUUUAAAAAGUAUUGUUACACCUAGUAGCUAGCUUUACUGACACAGAAAUGAGAGGUCAGUUCAGUGCUUAAAUAUCCGAGAAACAAUGGGAUAGUGCAGGAAAGUUAACAAUUAACAGUCUCAGCUUAAAUUUUGUAACUGCAGGGAACUGGAAACACAGCUGCCUCUCUCUUCAGCAAAAUCAGGUCUCCUGGUUAAGAGAAGAAUUUUUGUUAACAUCUGAAUUUCUGAAAAAUAAGCAGCUUGCAGUUGAAUGAGUAUCGUGCAGUUAUGGUUUUAACCAGCCUGCUCAUACUUAACUAUGCCUGCUUAUUUUAAAUAGAGUAGCUGUGAAAGGGGCAAUGAGGCUUUUGAAAUGCCUUUUGCUUUACUCUUUUAAAUGAGGGUACAGAGCAAUAAAGAGAGCUGAAGGUAUCCGGCUGAAGAGAAGCAGCAAGGAAGAUGGGUCUGCUAAGUGUGGAUUUGCUGAUCACGCUUCAGAUCUUGCCGGUCUUUUUCUCCAAUUGCCUCUUUCUUGCGCUCUAUGACUCUGUGAUCCUCCUGAAGCACAUGGUUCUGUUUCUGAGCCGCUCCAAGUCCGGGCGCGGUGAGUGGCGGAGGAUGCUGACCUCGGAGGGGCUGCGCUGCGUCUGGAACAGCUUCCUCCUGGACGCCUACAAGCAGGUCAAACUGGGAGGAGAAGCCCCAAACUCCAGUGUAAUCCACAUAGCCAAGGGCGGUGAUGGCAGCAGUGGGAACUGGAAGGAUGUUGGUGGCAAGUGUGGAACCAAGUGCCACCUUCUGGAUUUUGCCAACUCAGAGCGGCCGCUGGUGGUCAACUUUGGCUCAGCUACCUGACCACCGUUCACAAGCCAGCUGUCAGCCUUCAGCAAGCUGGUGGAGGAGUUCUCUGGUGUGGCUGACUUUCUGUUGGUCUACAUCGAUGAAGCUCACCCAUCGGAUGGCUGGGCUGCGCCUGGAAUCUCUCCCUCUUCAUUCGAAGUUAAGAAACACAGAAGCCAGGAAGAGAGAUGUGCAGCUGCUCACCAGCUCCUAGAGCACUUUUCCUUGCCGCCUCAGUGCCAAGUGGUGGCUGACUGCAUGGACAACAAUGCCAAUGUGGCCUACGGGGUUUCAUUUGAGCGAGUAUGCAUUGUGCAGAGACAAAAAAUCGCCUACCUGGGGGGCAAAGGCCCCUUUUUCUACAACCUUCAGGAGGUCCGGCUUUGGCUGGAACAAAACUUCAGCAAAAGAUGAAAUUCUUUCUCCACAGGAGUUGUGUCAGCAGGUGUAUCCCUUUAAGGUGAUGCAAAAGGGAAAAAAAAAAGAAAACAUAUGCGAGUUUGAGUAAAACCUUUCAGACGAUUGCAGGAGAACACAUUUGAACAAUGUCAAGUGAAUGUUAACUAGGAAAAGAAAAUAAAACAAAAGUCUAGCUCCACAGAAACACUGUCAAGUGAAAAAAAAAUCCCACUCCUUCUCUUGCUAUGGGGUCAGAAGAGGUGAACAGGCUUCUCCAAAAAGGUGUUGCUGGCAAGCAGGUAGGGUGGUUAGAGAAGACCUCUUUCCCAGAAGCCCCAGUCCUGGGGUGAGGCAGAGAAAGUGUUUCUGCUUGGAAGGCAUUCCAUAGAAAGGCAAUACUGUACAUUUCACCAGAAAUGCUUCUUUAUGUCCCUGUGGCCAAUGCAAGGAACCUGGGAGGAGCAGGGGGUUUGCAAUUACUUUGCAUACAAAUGCAGUGUGGCAAUUUUCCUCUCUUGGUAGAAAAUCUAUAGUUCAGAGACUUCAGGAACCACGUGCGAUGCAUGGCACAGGCAGACUGCUGAGAGCAAGAUGAACCUUUGCUGGUAUUUGUACUCUGUGGACACUUCUGCACAGCAUAUUAACUAUGUAAUGCUACCUUACAUGUUUGUACCCAGUGUGCAAGCCUGUGCCUGCUAAGAAAAAGUGUUAAAAUCUAUGGUGUUGGACCAAAAAGACAAAGGUGAUCAAAUAAGCCCAUUACCAUUUGAAAACUGAAAUACCUGGACUAAUUAUAACACAACACUGAGAAGCAUCUAGAGCAUGGAUGCAUCAUGAGACAAAACUCAGCUGAUGCCAACCAAACCCUUGGUUCUGAGAGCUGAGAACUCAUAUUUAUCAAUGUUCUCUGGUUCUCAUCUCUUUACCCACCUCCAUCUCUUUCUGUCUAUCAAUAGGCUUAAAGGCAAUUUCACUUGUAGCUUUUAAAAAAACAACAACUUAUUUCUCUCUCUCUCUCUUUUUUUUUUUUUUUUUUUUUUUUUUUUUUUUUUUUUUUUUUUUUUUUUAAUUUUUUUUAUUUGAGAGAAUGACCUUGCAGGUGUAUUUUGGGGACAGGGGAACGUAUGCACAAUUUUACCUCAUCAAAAUGAAAACCUAUCCUCUCAUUUACCUUGUUAAAUGUAGUCAUGAUGAUUUUUAUUGUCUUAGAUACCUGAACCUAGUUUAUAGCUAUGUUAAUCUGAAAGUUAUGUUGUUUGCAGCCUUAGAAUUGAUUAGCUGCAGUUCUGCUACCAGAUGAGGUCAUAGUCUGUUUUGCUCAUGUUCUUGAAAACCUUCCCAGAAGAGCAACAAGGAGGGAAAAUAGUUUGAAUUGAUGUAAGUGUGAAAGAUGGCAGAAUUUUCAUAUGAAUGAGUAUGAGGAAUUGAUUGUUAUGUUGAAAGAGAUACUGUGAACUUAGAGUAUACAUUAAGUUUAGGUAUUUCUAAAACUAAAAUUAUUUAAUCAAGCCUGAUGAAGAGGCAGAUUACAAUGAGCUAACCUAUUAGAGCUGAUAAAUGAAAACCCAUAUGGAGAUGGACUAUCCAAGUUUUCUCUCAUCUUUGGCAGAAACAUGAAACAGAUAAACAGAAUAAGUGUCAAAAAUUAAAUUAGUUCUUUUAAUUUCCCAUCCUGCCCAUUGUCAGGAAUAUGAUGUGUUAAUACUGACAUAGGAAAGAAUAGAAAAUACAUAAGUUUUAUUUUCACAAUGCCUAUUAAUAUUGUGUAUUUCCUCUAGCUUGGCUGUUGGUCAACUUAGCCAAUGUAGGAGGAAUUCAGAAAUGUGUUUUCAAGCACAGAUCUGAAAUGAUGACAGUAACAUGGGUAAUUUCUCCCAUACUCAGGUUCAUGCUUCCCAUUCUUCUCACAUUUUCCUCCACACACUGUUAAACAGACACACAUGACCUUACACAGUUGGUAAUGUGCAUUGGAGAAGGGUGUAAGGAGUGGUCCUCAGAUCUCCUGGUGAGCCCCACUUUUCAGAAGGCUUGUGUCUCUGUGUGCAUUUAUAUAUGCAUCCAUAUGUAUAGAAUACAUUUUUAUGUGUAUGUAUACAUAUGAGUGCACAUAUAAAUGGUGUCUAAGACCAUUAGUAAUAAUUCUCCUGUCCUACCAUUCAUUAAUGUUACUGUAAAUCAUUGCUCAGUGUGGAAGAUUGUUAUAGCUCUUCAUGACUAACUGGGAUAUAUAACUGAAUUUUUAGACCCUAUUAGCAUAGAAACAGUAACGUAGCCAAACUUCAUGGUUUAUUUAAUACAGUGUCCUACCUCUGACUGUAUCAGAUGCUUCAGGGGAAGGUGCAAUAAUUUUUAACUUAUGGAGUUUCUAUUAGCUUCAGCCCAUAUUAUUUUUGCCUCAUCUAAAGUGGUUGUUGAUGUCUCAUCAUCCCUCAUGAGAGGCUGAUUCUGGGUUUUGAGAUUUAAAUAUUUUGUGAGGUAGGGAUUAUUAAAAUAAAAAACCCAUCCCAUUUAAGUUCCAAGAAAACCAAAUGAAAACAAUUUUUUUCUUUCACAUUUAAAUAGGCUGCUUUUCAAUGUCAUUCUCAUCUCUUGCUGUUAUAUGCUAAACCACUAAACAUAAGCGAUCACAAUUUUUCGUCUGUAUGUCAGUCAUUAUAUAAUCUAUAUAGAAAUAUGCAUACCUUUUGUUUGUUUAAGACAAACAAUAACUCAUAUUCUUAUACAGGUUCAUACUCUUUCCUUGUCUCUGAAUCUCUUGUUUUUGCUCCACUAUCCUUUUAUUCAGGUGAGUAAAGAUGUAGACAUUAAUCUAAGUGAAAAAUCUGUAUUGAUAUACCCAACACAGCAGCUUUUCCAUAUUAUAUCCUAUCCUCAGUCAUUUGAAACUUUUUUGAUCCAUAGCAACUCCAUAGCCUUUAUAAAACUUAAACUAGUAAGUCUUUUCUUCUUUUCCUCAUUAUACCGUUGAAGUCUGAACUGCUUAUAUGGGAAAUGCUAGCCAAAUGUUUAACACAGCUGUUGAAACAUACCUUUAGUUCAGAGGAAAGAGCCAGAAUUAGUAAUUCAGUUUGUUAAUACCCAUUUGCAUAUGUAAAGUUACAAUUAUUUUUUUCCAGCCCAUUCUCUCCUUUUGAAUUUCCAUUGUUUUGCAAUUCAUAGAUUCCUCUUCAUCACAUAGUAUAAAGGAGGUAUAUAAUUGGCUCCUGUAAAUGGGAAAACACAUUGAUUUUCCACAAAUAAAAAUACACAGUAACUUCAUUUCUUUCUUGGCAACAUGUAUGACUGUCCUGCCUAAAAUUUAAAGAUGUUCCAGCCUCAUUGAUUAUCAAGACAAGAACACAUUUUGCAAAACCUUGGGUUUCCCCAGAAAACUUUUAGUCAGAAAGCAGGGCUUUCUUCAAAGCAAAAUAGGCAUAAAGGAAAAAAAAAAUUUAAAAAGGAAAAGAAUUCUCUAGGAGGCUGACAGAAACUUUUUUUUUUACCAAAUUAUAACAUUUUAUUGACAUUUUAAAUGAAAAUGUCAUGCAUUGUCCUCAACUGAUAAUAAAGUGGCCAUAUGUCAGAUACCCCACAUUUUUGUAACAGUUGUUUCGGGUCCAGGUAGAGGUUUUACAACCUUGCUAGCCUUGUCUAGUCUGCUGUGGGACUGGAUUUGCUCCUGUCUCAUUCUCACUGUGUCAGGGCACUAUACCACGUUACUUGAGGUGCUCCAGUGUGACAUACAUGUUGAGCAACAGCUCACAAAAGAGGUCCCUGAAAUCAGCAUUCUGGAAGGCUACUGUAUAUAAGAGAGACCCCAAUACUGUGUCUCAGCAUUAGUAUGGGAAACUUCCAGUGUUUGUCAUUUUGACGUAAAAAGCUAUUCUGGGCUAUCCUACUACAUUGUUCUGUGCUUAGCAGCUGUAUUUAGCAAUGUAUAAAAGGAAUGUAAAACAUUUUGUGCAGAUGAGAAACUAUAGCAUUUUGCUCUUUCCUUGUGUAGACAAUGACAUAAAGUUAAGGCAGCAGGAAAAUAUGCCGUUUAUAUCAAAAAGAAGAAAAUAUAUGAUGAAAUAUGUUGUUGAACAACUGUGUGAACACUUUGUAAAACAAAAUGCAGUGAUUUUUAGGAAGGUGAUCUUGGUGGGGAAACCUACAACACUUAUCAAAAAGGUAUUUGUGCUAUGCAUCCAGGUAUGUGCGGAGGGAAGUUAUGUUUCUGCAUGUGUGAAAGUGUCUUUUCUGUGAUGUGGAGUAUAGAUUUAUGAGUUUUUAAGACUUUCAUUCAGUACUAUAACCAAAGCAAUAAGAGGUGUCAGGUAGGGAACAUUGGCCAGUUUUGUACAACUCGACACCAUGUCUGUGACAAAUCCAUGAUCAGUUGGGCCCAGCUUGGAGUCUUCAGUGAAGAGAGACUGGGGUGAGACAGGGGAAGCUUGUGUGUCUAUGAAGAUCACUAACAAAAGAGUGAUUAGCUCAGUUAGUGUUCAGAUGCCCCCACACUGGACUCCUCUGUGCACCUUAGUGUGUCUGUAUUCGAAAGAGGCAUCUCUUUGGGUCUGUUUAUAAGAUCACCGUGGUGUAGGUGCCUGUGUGUACUAUGUGUGUGUCAUUGUUUAAAUGUCAAAAAUACACUGCAGGAGAGCCAGCAAAAUUUUGUUACAAUAUGGUGCUCCAUGAAAUGUGCUUUCUAGAUUUGUUUUUCUUGUAUUUUAAUAAAUGAUAAAGGAAAAUAUA